GAAUACCAAACGUAUUAAAUUGUGAACCUUUAACGUACAUGUGUACGUGCUAAAAAGGCCCAUUAAUCUGUGACAUGCACUUAACCUAUAAAUCCACAAAUGGACUUACUUGUGAAUUUUACUUGCAGUUGACAUAUUCAGUAUCACGUCUGACGAGACGAUAGAUGGAUAAUAAACUAGUACGAGAUGUACUGUGGAGUAGAGUACGCGACAAUGAAGUUUGACAAUAUCACUAUAGUGUUGGGAGAGUUCGGAAAGUACCAGCGGAUACUAUGCACUAUCCCUUCAUUGGAAAAUGAUACAUACGAAGUUCAGGGCAUUUGGCAUGAGCUUUUGAUCAAUAAAUAUAUUCCUCGGAGCACUGACGGGUCACUUGCCUAUGCCGCAUGCGCAAUUUAUUUGUCCCAUGCAAACACGUCCUACAACGAACAAGGCGUUCCUUUGAACUCUUCGACAGCGGAAUGUGACUCCUGGGUAUACGAAAAGGCAACUUUCAAAAGCACAUUCUUCACAAAGAUCAACUUGGUAUGCGGCGAGGACUUGGCACGUGCAAAUGCCAACAUGGCGCUGUUAGUUGGGCACUUGGUUGGUGCGGUCAGCAUUGGUCUAGUGUCCGAUAUGUUUGGUCGGAAGAAGGCUCUGGUGGUUGCUAUAGUGUUUUUCAUCGUGGCGGCGUUCGGUACUGCGUUCGCUCGCACAUAUGAAGUGUUUGUAGGCUUUCGGUUCAUGCAGGGUGUCGCUAAUCUGGGCAUGUACACGACACUGUUUGUUAUCGGUCUGGAGCUUGUCGGUCCCUCGUACAGAGUGGCUGCGGGUAUAAUCAUCAACUUCUUCUGGUGUUUCGGUCUCUACGCUCUAUGCCUCAUUGCAUUCCUUGUGCGAUCUUGGUACCCACUGCAACUCGCCCUAGCAUGUCCGUCAGUGAUACUCAUUCUACAUAUAUGGGUUUUACCAGAGUCUCCUCGAUGGUUGAUGUCGAAAGGACGCUUCCAGGAAGCCAAUCGAAUUCUACACAAGUGUGCCAAGGUCAACGGCGUCACCUUACCCGAUGAUCUCCUAAGCAACGACAUCGAUGACAACACUAAUACCUCACAAAGCGUGCUGAAGAUGUUCACAGUGCCUCGAUUACUUUUAAGGACGCUGAUCAUUUACUUCAACUGGAUGGUCGUCAACAUCGUAUACUACGGUCUGAGCCUCAACGUUGGCAAUCUUAGCGGGGACAUCUACGUUAACUUCACCAUCACCAGCACUAUGGAGUUGGGCGCCUACAUCAUGUGUCUUCUGCUUCUCAACAAGGUGGGCCGGAAGUCGCUGCAUGCCGGUACUAUGAUCCUCGGCGGGGUCUCAUGUCUUUGCACGAUCUUUUCUACUCUCUAUGCUCCGCCUGAGCAAGAAUGGAUCACCGUGGUGCUUGCAAACGUAGGCAAGUUCGGUAUCUCGGCUGCAUUCGCGAUCAUCUACGUCUGGUCGUCGGAACUGUUCCCGACCCUGGUUCGCCACUCGGGAAUAGGCUCGAGCUCCAUGGUCGGCAUUGUGGGGACCAUCCUGUCCCCUUAUACAAUGGAACUGGGCAAUCUUAUUCCUGGAAACUUCGGGAAGGCGCUUCCGCUUAUCAUAUUUGGUGGUCUCUCCGUAGCAGCCGGCAUGCUGUCUUUGCUACUUCCAGAAACAAAAGGGACUGUUCUUCCGGAAUCAGUGAGGGACGCAGAGAAAUUUGGUAGACAAAGUCGCCUCAAGAGAGCGCUUACUUCAUAAAAACAAUAUAUGCUAUUGUCAUUUUCAAUAACAUUAUGAUAUAUAACAUGUAUAUCAACAUAUGGUUUAACAUUUUUAUCG